CGUUACGUAAAUUUUGCCAAAAAAAAAAAAAAAAAUCUGCCAGCUUAAUGAUACGUACUUUUCUAUAUGCAGUAUAUAGCAGAUGUAUGCAUGUAACCCUUCAUCCCCUUCUCCGACUCGUCAAAAGUUAUAGCUGCUGCUUCUUCUCCUUCUUCUUCUUCUUCUUCAUGAAGGCCACCACCGUCGUUCGCAGAACUCGCACCGCAUUCCUCCACCACCUCCGACCCCUAACCAAAUCCCUCCUCCUCCUCUCCCUCUCCACCCACGCCAACCCCAAUCCCCAUCACCCCUCCCCCACCACCAUUGCCACCUCCUCACGGAGCGACCACAUCUCCGCGUUCCUGCGAACCACAGCGCCAACCCCGUCCUGGGAAACCCUAACCGCCACCUUCGGAUCCCUCCAUCUCACCCACCCUCUCGUCGAAGCCGUGCUCCUCGACCUCAGGGAACCCCCCCACGCCAAAAAGGCCCUGGCUUUUUUCCACUGGUCCUCAAAGCGGAGCCCUUUUUACCGCCGCCACAGCCUCCGCUCCUACUGCGUCCUCGUCCACAUCCUCGUCCGCGCGGGGCUCCUCCUCGACGCGCGCGCGCUGCUCGAAUCGGCCAUCUUGUACAGGGACUCGGCGUCGGGGUCGCCGGCUCCACCUCUUUUGGGCACGCUUUGGUCCACCUACGAAGCCGUUGUUCCCGGCUCGCGCGUCUUCGAUCUCCUGGUCCAAACCUGCGCCAAGAUGAGGCUCGUCGAUCUCGCUUUCGAUGCUUGUAGCUACUUCAGCGAUCGAGGGUUCACUUCGAGCCUGAUCAGCUUCAAUUCCAUGCUCCGUGUGGCGGUGAAAUCGAGCAUGAAUGAGUUGGCGUGGAAGGUGUUUGAGUCUAUGCUCCAGAGAAGAGUGUACCCGAAUCAGACCACCGUUGAGACCAUGAUCAGUUUGAUGUGUAAAGAGGGGAGUUUGCGCGAGAUGGUAAGUGUAGUGGAGAGAAUUCACGGUAAGAAGUGCGCGCCGAGCGUGGUCGCUAAUGUUGCAUUGGUGUUGAGGAUUGUAGACGAGGGUAGGAUCGAAGAAGGGAUUUUGCUUUUGAAGAGGAUGCUGCAGAAGAACAUCGUGUUCGACGAUAUUGUGCACUCUUUGGUUAUACAUUCUCAUUGCCGGAUGGGUGAUUUGGAAUCCGCUUAUCAGCGGCGUGAAGAGAUGAUCAACAAAGGAUGUAGCAUGAAUGCCUUUGUGUAUACCUGCUUCAUAGGAGCUCAUUGCGAUCGAGGUGACAUUGUGGAGUCCGCAAAGUUGAUGCAAGAGAUGGUAUCUAUAGUUGGAUUGAAGCCAUAUGAUCAGACCUAUAAUUUUCUUAUUGUGGGGUGUUUCAAAACAGGGAGAAUGGAAGAGGGCUUGACCUGCUAUGAGAAGAUGCGCGAAGAUGGCUUCUUGCCUAGUAGUUCGACAUGCAAUAAAAUGAUGGGCGCGCUUUGCGAAUCGCGAGAUGUCAACAAGGCGAAUGAAUUACUUACCGAGUUGAUCAAUAGAGGAUUUAUUCCUAACGAAGAGACAUAUUUAGUACUCAUUGACGGGUACGGGAGAAUCGAAGAAGCCGAAGGGGUUGUUAAGCUCUACUAUGAGAUGGAGCACAGAGGGCUUAAUCCCGGCCCGGCAGUUCUUGCUGCAGUUAUUCAGAAUCUCUGUAAAUGCAACAAGUUGAAUCAAGCAGAGAAGUUUUUAGCUGUGAUGAGGCAGAAAACAUUGGCUCCCACUAGGUGUAUAUAUGAUGCGCUGAUCACGUGUUGUUGUGAACAGGGUAAUAAGAAGAGGGCGCUUCAGUUCUAUGAUGAGAUGACAAGAAAUAAGCUGAUUCCCUCAGCUGAUGCUUUUAUGACACUCGCGAAGAAAUUGUUCAUAAGAAAGCGUGAAACUCAAAGCUUGCGGAGAAAAUGUUCAUCAUCAAAAACAAUAUGAGUGGCACCAUUGAACUGAGUAAUUUAUUGCAUUCUUCGAGGAAGUUGGCAGACUCUAACAGGUUCCAAACCACCAUCUGCAUUGCUGUACAACUUUUUAUACCUAAUUUAGAUGGCGAAAAGUAAAAAUAUUGUAGUCAUAUGAGUUGCUGACUGCAAAAUAAACAAGGUAAAUUUGAAGGAUUAA